CACACACGAAACACAGCACUGUCGGCUGAAGGGCAACUGCAGCUGGAAAUUGUUCUGCAAGGGGCUUCACAUGGACCCAGUUCACCUUGUCUGAAAACAUUGAAAGAGAGAGAGGAGGAAGGCGGCUGGGAGACACAACACGUGUAGCAUCUCGGGGACAGCCACUGCCCAAAUAUACUCCCGGCAGCCCCCUGGUCCUCGCUGUCGCCUCUCCCUCUGCUGCUAAAAAGUGAGUCACUCGAGCUGAAGAUUAAUGGAUUGCAGUCGUUGUGAAGUAUGGACCUCACCUGGCUUGUGAUCUCGUUCUAAACUCUUCCUGAGUGAUGAACACAGCUCUGAUCUUGCACAGGUUGAUGUGGAUUAUGAAGCAAUAUUUUGCUGUUGUGUUUCUGACACCUCUUCUCUUAAACUUUUCUGAAGGCGUGGAAUAUGGAGAGCUGCGAUUGGCUGGAGGCCGAUUGCCCAGUGAGGGUCGAGUGGAGAUUUACUACAAUGGGGAAUGGGGCACAGUCUGUGAUGAUAACUGGGAUAUCACUGAUGCUCAUGUGGUAUGUCGCAGUCUGGGUUACAUCAAUGCAACUGAGGCAACUAUAGGAGGCAUCUUCGGAUCAGGGUCCGGCUCGAUCCUAUUGGAUGAGGUCUUCUGCACUGGUUUAGAAUCGUCUCUGACACAAUGUCAAAGCGAAGGCUGGAAAAUUCACAACUGCCAGCACUCUGAAGAUGCUGGUGUUCGCUGUGACCCACGGCAGGCUGGAGACAUGCCCAGUUACAGGUUUGAGCAGAUUGCAGAGCUGCAUGAGUCUCUGAAUAGGUUGUACCUCAGCCAGAAACACUGUCAGGUGAAGAUCCUGGUGUUAACAGCGAGGCGAGGACCUGUUAAACUCCACCUGUGUGCACACAGAUUGAUCCUAUCCCUCAGCACAGAUGGGAACCUCAUCAGUGAGAACAAAACCAGUGGCAUCCAAAUCCUGGUCCAGCAGGACUGCUUGCCAUAUGUGGAAGACUUCAUCAGGUACUUUUACACCAAGAAAAUUGACAUCAAUUUGUCAUCAAUCAAGUGCAUUCAUAACAUGGCGUCCAAUUAUGGUGUGACUGCAAUUCGUGAUUACUGCGAUAAACUGUUUUAUAAACUACUCCCCCAGGAUCCUUCCUUCAAGCACCAGCUGGAACUGUAUAACUAUGCUGAGACUGUGAAAGAUCCUCUGCUGAAAGAGAUUUGUAUGGAGUAUUUCGCUUGGAAUUGUGAAACAUUCAUCAGGUCUCCAAGCUGGUAUGAGGUGACUGGAGAUCAGCUGAACACUCUCCUGCUCAGGUCAGACAUUGUCAUCUGGAAUGAAUUGACUUUGUUUAGAGCUGUUGAAACCUGGAUCAUUCACAAGAAGAAAACAGAGCUGACCCAUGAGCUCAUGGAUAAAAUACGCUUUCACAUGAUUGCCCCGGAAGACCUCUCCCGGAUUCAACUCCAGUCAAAACUGUACGAAGAACAUGAUGGUUUCUUUCUCAAGAGAUUCCUGAAAGCAUUCGAGUUUCAUUCAGUUUCAGUUGAGCAGCUUAACAAAGAAAGGCAUUUCUCUGACCUCAGCUUGGAGCCUAGAAUUUAUAUAUCCUCCGAAUGGAGCGCUGUGUUAGACAUUGACCCAAUCAGCCACAUGCGCUCCUCAUCCUCCAUGUACUAUAAUGGUUACCAGUAUGUCCAUCAGGUCAGCUUCACUCAACCAUCUUCACCAAGCAUUACCUUCCAAACUUCCAGGUUCACUAGUGCCUUCUACAAUUCAGACACAAUAUCAUGGAUAGCUCACUACCACACAAGUUCUCAAAGCUGUAAAAGGAGCAAUGUGCGCUGUCCCUACAACAUCUACCCCAUUGCAACCUUAAACAUCAAGAAGCAGAACAAAGAGAGCUCUGUUCAGUACCAAAACAAAGUGUUGCUUCUUUGCAGCAACAGUUACAUAUCCUAUGUGCAUGACGUUAAGGAAGGCAGUGCCAUUCUCCCCUCCUUCAAAGGCCAGGGGCUCUUUUUCUUUGGCUGUGAAUCAGGUUAUUUCUCCACUCUCAGGUUUGUUGUCCGGCCAAUGUACAGGUGAAACAGUAUCAAGAAACAAGACCAUGAGCAGUUAUUAACACAGGCAACAUUACACUGAGCACUCUGUACAUUCCAACCCACAAACAGUGUCAUACCACACAUUCAGACUGUGACAUAUGUCAGGAAACACUCAGAUCCUGAAAUGAAAUCUGAAUUGACAGGUAUUUUUUAAAAAGUUAACCUGAUGAUCUUUCUCUGAAACACAUUUAUCAUAGAAUCCUUACAGUGCAGAAAGUGGCCAUUCAGACCAUCAAAGUUACAUUGGUCCUCGAAACAGCAUCCCACCCAGAACAACUUCCCAUACCCUUUCCCACAGCUAAACCACGCAUCCCUGGACAUUAAGUUUAGCAUUGCCAAUCCACAUCACCUGUAUGUCUUUAGAAUGUGGGAAGAAACCAGAGCAAUCCCACACAGACAGUUGUCCAAGGCUGGAAUUGAACCCAGGUCCCUGGUGCUGUGAGGCUGCAGUGCUAACCACUGAGCCACCCAGUCACACGAGGUGCGGACUAUGAAAUACGCCUAAAGAAAGGAAUGGAACUGGAAUGGGGAUUGACCGUGACACCAGAAACUCAACUCCAGCCACUCUGCAACUUCUUAACAUCUGGAAUUCAGCUUCUGUAACACACAUGGUCUAUGGUUAUGAAAUGUCCCAGACACCACCAUCACCGUCCCUGGAUAUGUCCUGUCCCACCAGCAGGACAGACCCAGCAGAGGGGGCGGCACAGUGGGAUACAGACAGGAGGGAGUUGCUCUGUGAAUCCUCAACAUUGACUCCAGACCCCAUUGGCAGGCAGGGCGUUCCACACCCUUACCACUCUCUGAGUAAAGAACCUGCCUCUGACAUCUGUCUUAAAUCUAUCACCCCUCAAUUUGUAGCUAUGCCCCCUUGUACAAGCUGAAGUCAUCAUCCUCAGAAAAAGACUCUCACUGUCCACCCUAUCUAAUCCUCUGAUCAUCUUGUAUGUCUCUGUUAAAUCCCCUCUUAGCCUCCUUCUCUCCAAUGAGAACAGACCCAAGUUCCUCAGCCUUUCUUCGUAGGGCAUGCGCUCCAGACCAGGCAACAUCCUGGUAAAUCUCCUCUGCAUCUUUUUCAAUGCUUCCACAUCCUUCCUGUAAUGGGGCGACCAGAACUGCACGCAAUAUUUCAAAUGAGGCUGCACUAACGUUUUGUACAGUUGCAGCAUGACAUCACGGCUCCGGAACUCAAUCCCUCUCCCAAUAAAACCUAACACACCGUAAGCUUUCUUAACAGCACUAUCAACCUGGGUGGCAACUUUCAGUGAUCUAUGUACAUGGACACCAAGAUCCCUCUGCACAUCUCCACUACCAAGAAUCUUUCCAUUGACCCGGUAUUCUGCCUUCCUAUUAUUCCUCCCAAAGUGAAUCACCUCAAAUUUAUCCGUAUUUAACUCCAUUUGCCACCUUUCGGCCCAAUUCUGCAGUUUAUCCAAGUCUCCCUGCAACCUGCAACAUUCUUCCACGCUGUCUAUCACUCCACCGACUUUCGUGUCAUCUGCAAAUGGUGUCUGUGUGGAGUUUGCACAUUCUCCCUGUGUCUGCAUGAGUUCCUUCCAGGUACUCCGGUUUCCCCCACAGUCAAAAGAGAGAAAAAGACAGAGAGAGAGAGAGAAAGAGAGACAGACAGAAAAGGACACAGAGAGACAGGGACACACAGGGAAAGGAACAGACAGAGGGACAGGUACAGGAAGGAAGGGACCAAAGAAUCUGACCACCCAGCAAUUUUGAAAGAAUCAAAUCAUUUAUAGUGAAGUUGUUGAUGUGAAAACUAUAAAGUUUAAUUCUUCCCAGUGUCAUGUUCAAAUAAAGUUGUGACUGUUUCACUGAC